GCUCCGGGCUCCACAUAGCCAUGGAGGAUGAGCGUCUAUUGGCGAGCAUGAUGAGCAACAACAGGCGAACAGUGCUGUGUACUAGCAUCUCACAAUCACUCACUCGUGUUGGUCCCAUUUUCAGAGGAAGAAUAUUAGGGUACAAACCAUAGUGCCGGUGUGCAUAGCCAACAGUGGAAGAAGAGCAGUGCGAGAAUCGGUGAGAGAAGCAGCAGCAGCAGAUGCACUCGCAUGUUCCUCUCCACUAGGAAAGGAAAUGGUGGAAGUGCUGGUGGUGACUGAGUUCUCUCCCACAUUCACAUGUGAUGCUUGUUGCGACUCGCCUCCCCUGCCCCCUUCUGCCCUCGCCCUUGACCAUUGGGAUGUCUUCAGUGUUCGGCCGAAGCAUCAUCUCCAUCAUCAUGGAAGACAGUCCUCCUUUCAUGCAGAUGCACAGAUUGACCCUUUCCUCUGCCUCCCCUCCGAGAGAUGCUCAUCGAAAUGUUCAUUCAUGCUGGACUAGGCUCUGCAUCUUUUGCCUGGUGAUCAUGCUGUACCUAUUUCCAGUUCGGGGAUAGUGACCACUGUUAUCCUUCUGUGGAUGAUGUGAGCCCCAUGUCACUUCAAGCCCCUCUCGUCAUCAUGUUUGACCGACCUCCAAUUCGUGGAUAACGCCCUCCAAAUCAAUAAAAAACUCCCGGAUAAUGAUCCUCCAAUGUCACCCCCAUGUUCAAAUGCUCCGUUAGCGCUCCGAGUCCAUGCACACUCAACUCGGCCAUCACUUCCUCAUAAAAAAGUGCCAUUUUAUGCCCCCCUCCCCGUCUUUGACCCGUCGCUGCCCACCUCGUUCCACUCCAAACUCGGCAAAUUGGAUCUCUGUUCUGGCUGAUAUCGUAGGCCUCGGGAUAUAGUCCAAGGCUCGUAAUUUAUUCAUCCUGUCCUCAAUCAUCCGAACACUGAAUUACUCAACAGAAUCAGUUCCGGGGGAAGGAAACUGACCAAAUCUGUCGCGUAUAAAGCCCAGGCCAAUGGCGGACGAGGUCGAAGUCGUCCGCCCCUGGCAGGCACUUCGCGGGGACCGAGCCGAUUCAUCACCAGCACACAGGGACGGAGGAUACACGCGUCAUUACAGCUCUUACGGGGCCGUGGACGGAGACCUCGAAGUCCGUCGAGGCCUCCGGCCGCGUGAGAUGUUCGUUCGGGGGAGGCGGAGGAGCGAAAUUUGGAGGCACGUGCCGGACGCGUGGCUGCGGGCGAAAACUGCAGGAAAGAGGCCCGGGCUGCAUACGCAUGCAGGGUUUCAUAAUUAGGUGAGCGCGGAAGAGGCCAGCGGACAGAGGAAAGAGAAAUCGGAUCCGCGUAAAGGCUCAUGCGAUCCUCUUCGAUCGACAACUGUAGGCGUCCAUGCCGACCGGAUGCGAUGCGCACAUUCCAUGUGGAUUUCGUUGGGGAUCCGAAGCCUGGCCUCGUAGGAAGUCCGGGACGCUGGGACAGUGCAGCUCGCAGCAUUGGCAUUUUGGAGGGUCUGCCGCUGGAGGUGGAUCUGGAAUCGGCAAAUCUGGCGACGGCUCGAUGAAAACGCGAUCUUUCAGGGGAUUAUUUCUCAGCAAGAAAGCGGCAAGAUAUUCUGCAGGGUUUGUAGGCCUCUCGAGAACCAUGUGUUGAAGACCUUGUAGAAGCAACGGAACGAUCGCCUCCUCCAAAAAUUUCCGAAUGGGCAGUGCCUUGAGCUCUAUGCUCUCUCUCAACUCCAUUGCGAGCUUUUGUGCUGCUUCUCCUUCGACCGGAUCAUCGAACCAUAACUCGACGAAAGUCUUCGGAGGAAUUGGCUCUACCACCGGCACAAUUGGCUGCCCAUUUUCAUCCAGAACUGGGGCUUGUUCUUCCUUAGCAUUUUCCUUGUCAACCGCUUCUUCUGCAUCCACCUUAUUUCCUUCGCCAUCUCCUCCAUCUUUGUCGCCCUUCUUCUUGUCCUUUUUGUCCUUCUUAUCCUUCUUUUUAUCCUUCUUCUCCUUGUCCUCGUCUUUGUCUUUGUCUUUGUCCUUCUUGUCCUUCUUGUCUUUCUUCUCCUUCUUCUCCUUCUUUUCUUUCUUCUCCUCCUUGUCCGACAUCGGUGCCCUGCUCUAUGAAAUCUUGUGUGCAAACCUUGAUUCCAAUCUGAAUAUUGACGACGUCUCUCGAUCCGCUCAUUCACAAACUCUCUGUACAAACUCUUUCUUGAAGUCGCCGAACAAGGCGUUCAUCGAUAAGCACAUUCUCCGUUCGCCGGAGCUUCGAUUGCCAACUCGGAUCGCCGCAGGGACAUUGUGAUGCUGUACUUGCUCACACUCCGAUCAAGACCUAGAAAUCUCGAUCACGGCCGGGCUGACAAGGAGCCUGCAUACGGGCUUGAGGUUCGCUCUUGUCAACUUCUCGCAGUCGACGAGAAAUUGACUUUUAUACCUCCCUGUUCAGGCGGAACUGCCCGGCCACGUACGUUCUGUUACAGACAGAUGGCGCAACGUCCGCACAUUGCAUCGGUUUAUCCGCAAGACGGAAGGUUGCGAAAACUUCACACUCAGGACUACACAAGCCGUCCACUGAAGGCCCCUCUAAUCGGUACUCUUCGGAGCCACAAAUGUCAGUGCAUGCCGAAUCUUUCGCAGCAGAAAGAACGCUCUCUCGAAAGCGCACGAUACACAACUAGCCCAGGGCAGUCUGUCUGGAAGAUGGUUGCGAUCCGAAACGGAAACCGACAUCAUUGCCAAUAUGCGCAAAGCGAACGUCGAUGCUGGAGGAGGAUUU